ACAGGGGGAAAACCAUAUGAAUGUAUGGUGUGUGGAAAGAACAUUAAUAAUAGUGGAAGCCUUAGAAGAUAUCAACGGACUCACACAGGGGAGAAACCGUUUAAAUGCAUGGAGUGUGGAAAGAGCUUCAGUCAGAGUGCACAACUUAGAUCACAUCAAUGGACUCACACAGGGGAGAAACCAUUUGAGUGCAUGGAGUGUUGAAAGGAUUUCAGUAAGAGUGCACACCUUAGAUCACAUCAACGGACUCACACAGGCGAGAAACCAUAUAAAUGUAUCGUGUGUGGAAAGAGCUUCAGUCGGAGUGGAAACCUUAGAAAACAGCAACGGACUCACACAGGGGAGAAACCAUUUAAAUGCAUGGAGUGUGGAAAGGAAUUCAGUCAGAGUGGGGACCUUAGAAGACAUCAACGGACUCACACAGGCGAGAAACCAUAUAAAUGUAUCGUGUGUGGAAAGAGCUUCAGUCGGAGUGGAAACCUUAGAAAACAUCAACGGACUCACACAGGGGAGAAACCAUUUAAAUGUAUCGAGUGUGGAAAGAGCUUCAGUCAGAGUGGAAGCCUUAGAAAUCAUCAACGGACUCACACAGGGGAGAAACCAUUUAAAUGCAUGGAGUGUGGAAAGAGCUUCAAUCGGAGUGAAAACCUUAGAAAUCAUCAACGGACUCACACAGGGGAGAAACCAUUUAAAUGCAUGGAGUGUGGAAAGGAAUUCAGUCAUAGUGGAGACCUUAGA